AUGAGCUACCAACUCGAUACCUGGAGCGAGAAGCCCUCGGAGCGUUCACGAUGGUCUCCCCUUACGCGGAUGCUUCUCUCGGGAGAGAUGACGCAGGAGAAGCAGCAGGAGCUGUCGACGAGGGAAAAGUUUGAUCGCUGGAUGAUCAACGAGGGUUACCGAAGAUUUUUCGUCUUCGUCUUUAUGCUCACACACGCCCUCAUCUUCUCCUUCGCCUGCGUUCACUACUCGAUGAAGGAGAGUCUGCAAUCUUCCCGCGACAACUUUGGCUUCACCUUUGUCAUUGCCCGUUCUGCGGCCCUGGUUCUGCACGUUGACGUCGCCAUCAUCCUGUUUCCCGUGUGCCGCACCCUCAUCUCGCUGCUGCGCCAGACACCCCUCAACGGCAUCAUCCAGUUCGACAAGAACAUCAGCUUCCACAUCGUCACCGCCUGGUCCAUCGUCUUUUGGUCCUGGGUCCACACCAUUGCUCAUUGGAACAACUUUGCGCAGGCCGCUAUCAAGAACAAGCUGGGUGUCUAUGGAUGGCUGCUCGCCAACUUUGUCUCGGGACCUGGAUGGACUGGAUAUGUUAUGCUGAUUGCCCUCAUGGGUAUGGUUAUCACGUCGGUGGAGAAGCCCAGGAGAGCAAACUAUGAGCGUUUCUGGUACACUCACCAUAUGUUCAUUGUUUUCUUCUUCUUCUGGUCCAUCCAUGGCGCUUUCUGCAUGAUCCAGCCUGAUGUUGCGCCUUUCUGCACCAGUGUGGGUGCCUCAGCCGUCGGUGUCUUCUGGCAGUACUGGAUGUACAGCGGUUUCAUCUACUUGGCUGAGAGAAUAGCCCGUGAAGUCCGUGGCCGUCACAGGACUUAUAUCACCAAGGUCAUCCAGCACCCCAGCAACGUUUGCGAGAUCCAGAUGAAGAAGGAGCACACAAAGACCCGGGCUGGCCAGUACAUCUUCUUCUGCUGCCCUGCUGUGUCACUGUGGCAGUACCACCCCUUCACCCUGACCAGCGCCCCUGAGGAGGACUACAUCUCGAUUCACAUGCGUUGUGUUGGUGACUUUACCAAGGCUGUUUCUACAACUCUGGGCUGCGAGUGGGGUAAGAAGAAGGGCGACGCCAGCCAGGUUGUUGGUGUUAACGGUAACAACGGAGAGGUUGACCCAGCUCUUCGUCGGGUUCUCCCUCGAGUCUACGUCGACGGUCCCUUUGGCUCUGCUUCAGAGGACGUUUUCAAGUAUGAGGUUUCGGUUCUCGUCGGUGCUGGUAUCGGCGUGACACCUUUUGCCUCGAUUCUCAAGUCCAUCUGGUACCGGAUGAACUACCCCCAGAAGAAGACGAGACUCUCCAAGGUCUACUUCUUCUGGAUCUGCCGUGACUUUGAAUCUUUCGAGUGGUUCCGCUCCCUGCUGCUGGCUGUCGAGGCGCAGGAUCUUGACCACCGAAUCGAGAUUCACACUUAUCUGACGGCCAAGAUCAAGGCCGAUGACGCUACAAACAUCAUGAUCAACGACGCCAACGCCGAUAAGGACACCAUCACGGGCCUGCGCAGCCCGACCAACUUUGGCCGACCCAACUGGGACAUGAUCUUCCGGGGUAUCAGGAAGCUGCACAGCCCUGCCGAAGCCGGAGUCUUUUUCUGCGGACCCAAGGGACUGGGCAGCGCUCUGCACGUGUAUUGCAACAAGUACACCGAGCCUGGAUUCUCUUUUGUCUGGGGCAAGGAGAACUUCUAA